AACUGUUACUGAGAGAACCGGAAGUACACAGUUCAGCCUACACGCAGCUAGCGGUGAUUUGGAAGUAGCUCUCAAUUAAAUAAUUCCAGCGUUUCUUUUUCCACGUUUGGUUUCUAGCACAAGUAACAAUGUCUGAGAGAAAAGUUUUAAAUAAAUACUACCCACCAGAUUUCGAUCCAUCCAAAAUCCCAAAACUCAAACUCCCUAAAGAUCGUCAGUAUGUGGUGAGAUUGAUGGCUCCAUUCAAUAUGAGGUGUAAAACAUGUGGCGAGUACAUCUACAAGGGGAAGAAGUUCAAUGCACGCAAAGAGACUGUCCAGAAUGAGCUGUACAUGGGACUACCCAUCUUCCGUUUCUACAUCAAAUGUACUCGAUGUCUUGCUGAGAUUACGUUUAAGACCGACCCAGAGAACACAGACUACGCAAUGGAGCACGGAGCGACACGAAACUUCCAGGCAGAGAAACUGAUUGAAGAGGAGGAAAAGAGAAUUCAACAGGAGAGGGAAGAAGAGGAACUGAACAACCCCAUGAAGGUGUUGGAGAACCGCACAAAGGACUCCAAGAUGGAGAUGGAAGUUCUGGAGAACCUCCAGGAGCUGAAGGAGCUGAACCAGAGGCAGGCUCAGGUGGACUUUGAGGGAAUGAUCGACCGAUACAGAGAGAUGGAGCAGAGGGAGAGGGAAAGGGAGAAAGAAGAAGAUGAGCGGGAGACAAAAGAGAUGUUGGAUCGUGCUCUUGUGAAAAGACUCAGGGACUCUGAUUCAGAGGAGGAAGAGAGCAGCAGCUCGAAGUCAGAGAAAUCCAGCACAGACAAACCAACAGACAUCCUCACCACUGUCAAACCCACAGAGGCACAGGGAACCACAGCCGGAGGAGUAAAGAGGGCCAAGGUGGAGAGCUGGGAGAGGAGUGUGGGGACGCUGGGCAGUAAGGGAGCACUGGGCUCCCUGGUCGUGCGAAAGAAACCAACAACGGCUGUCAGCAAGCCCAGUGCUGCUGCUCCCACGUCACAAACAGAUUCAAAAGCAUCUACAGCAGACUCCAAGAAAGCUUCUCCGCCCGUUACCUCACAAAAUGGGUCGUCGUCUCUCAGCCUGCUGGGGGCGUAUUCAGACAGUGACAGCAAUGACAGCGAAUGAAUAGAAGAUGCUUGAGAUGGGUGUUUUUUGUUUUGUUUUUCUUGACUUGAAUGACUGACAUGUAAUCGUAUGAAAGAUGCAUAAACAUAAUUAUAUGGACCUUUUUGUAAUUAUGUGCAGACAUCAAAAUCAUAUUAACCAGUUUGUGGGUCUGUCCAAGGAAAUUAUCAGGUGUAUAUUUUAGUGUUUAUUAAAAUCUGAUUAACUUUG